AUUCACUUUUGAGUGGAUCUCCCACACCGUGUUGUUGUGACGGCAACAUUUGUAUGUUUUUAUGGUUCAAGGAUCUGUGCAAAAUUUCACAAUGGCAAAAGUGAUUCCUUUGAACACCAGAAAGGUGGUCAAGAAAAGGACCAAGAAGUUCUCACGCCACCACUGUGACAAAUUCUAUAAGCUCAAGGACAACUGGAGAAAACCGAGGGGUAUUGACAACCCAGUUCGGAGGCGCUUCAGAGGCAGUCGGCUCAUGCCCAGCGUUGGUUAUGGCUCUAACAAGAAGACCAAGUACUACAUGCGCAAUGGCUUCAAGAGAGUUCUUGUGCACAACAUUAGAGAGCUCGAGGUGUUGAUGAUGCAGCACAGGAUUUACGCCGCUGAGAUCGCCCACGGCGUCUCUUCCAAGAAGCGCGCCGCCAUCCAGAACAGGGCUGAGCAGCUCAACAUCAAGGUCACCAACGGAAAGGCUAAGCUCAAGACCGAGGAGACGGCGUAAAUAUAAUGCCCAACGUGA